AUGUUUCUUGUUUACUUGCACAGUGUAAGCAAGCUUGGUAGAAUGUUCUAUUACAAAAAUCAAUCUUACCAACUAGUUAUAGCGGUUCCUCUGUUGAAGAAUGAUGAGUCUGGACCUUUAAUUGAGAGGGUGUUGAAGAAUGUGGUGAGCCCGGUGCUGCCGGAGAUGGUAGCCACUGGUUUGGCAUACCUUGACAAGGUUGAUGCAUACAAUAAUGAUGGUUGGUGGGUCGGAAAGGUCACCAGGAAGAAAGGGUCAAACUACAAUAUCUACUUUAAAACCACAGGGGAUGAGAUUGCCUACCCUGUUUCUCAUUUGAUAUUUCAUCUUGAUUGGUGCUUUGGAAAGUUGGACGGUAAAAUCAUGAAAGUUUAG